CCCGAACUUUGUACGGCACCGUGACGGAAAAGCCUUCACAAGAACUGCAGCUCCAUCAUUUCUGGCAGUAUUAUGGCGGCUGGUCUGCUAGCUAUGUACUAACUGCGAAGGCAGGUCGUAGAAUCUACACAAUAGCAGACAUCGGCUUGUGACGGAGGACAGCGAUUUCCGCUAUUGCGUAUUUGGUUCAGAUGGAUCAUUCGCCUGCCGGAGUUCCGCAAGUCAGCAGGCAAUCAGCAGGGCACCAUAACUUGAAUAUAAAUACUAGAGAUAUGGUGUUUCUCUGUGAUCCCCAUAUCUCAUCGAGCCAUGCCUUCUCUAACAGACGUCCGUUUCGCUGAACUCUCGCAGGAAAUCGCUUGCGAUGUGCUUUCCAAAACUCAGGACGAUGACAACAUUCUUCAGUUCCAAGAAAUCUCGAGGGCAUUCGUGUCGGACACCAUCACAGUACCGACCAAGGAGAUGAAUGCCUAUGCUCUCCGUGCGUCCCUCGGGGACGAUGUAUUUAUCGAGCCAUCCACCGCCGCACUCGAAGCCCACGUCGCAAAGAUCACCGGGAAAGAAGCAGGUCUCUUUCUACCAUCGGGCACAAUGUCGAAUCAAGUUGCCCUCAGGACUCACUUGCAGCAGCCCCCAUAUUCAGUCAUUACAGAUGCACGGGCUCACAUAUAUCGCAUGGAAGCUGGCGGUACCGCAUUUCACUCAGGUGCCAACAGCAUCCCGAUUAUUCCCGCUAACGAACAUCAUCUUACCUGGGAGGACAUCGAACCUCGCAUCGUCUCUGGCACAGAUGUGCAUGUUGCCCCAACACGUAUCAUAGCGCUUGAGAAUACUCUGAACGGAACCAUCAUGCCACAGGAUGACGUACUUGAAAUUUCGAAGAACGCACAUAGUCAAGGCAUCAUCAUGCACCUUGAUGGUGCGCGCAUCUGGCACGUUGCAGCCGACACCGGAUUGUCCAUGAAAGAGCUUUCUGACCCAUUCGACUCUGUAAGCUUAUGUCUCAGCAAAGGAUUGGGCGCACCCAUCGGAACCGUCCUCGUCGGCUCAAAGCCAUUCAUCACCAAGGCGCGAUGGUUCCGAAAGCUUUUUGGUGGAGGUAUGCGCCAGACCGGAUACAUGGCCGGCUGCGCUGCCUACGCACUCACCAACAAUUUCCCUAUGCUUCCUCGCGUGCACGCCCUUGCAAAGCGGAUGCAGCAGGGUUUAGAAGAGCUUGGCAUCGGUAUCCUGAGCCCCGCUGAAACUUGCAUGUUGUUCUAUGACCCUGCACCAAUCGGGGUUGAAUACUGGGAAGUAGUCGAACGGGCCGCACAACUUCCGAAACCUAUUAAGUUGAAUGGCUCUCGCCUGAUAAUACAUAUACAGUCAUCGCCUCAAGCAAUAGAAGACUUCCUAGAGCUCAUGCGUGCGCUCAAAGAAGAGAAGGCUGCUGCGGGAUGGAAUCCCGAGAACGCACCGCCCAAGAAGAAGAUUCUGUUCAGAGAUGUAUACGUCAAGGCCGUCAGACCAACGUAG